GAGUGACGACACAUUUCUGCGACGAGCAACAUUGCUGUCUCGUUUCUGGUUUUCGUGCAGUGGAGCUGGUGUUUCCACGCUGCUGCAUUCUGAGGUUUAGCAGUGGCAGCUUCCACAAAACAUGACUGGAGUAAGUGGGGGAAAGACACCUUGUGUCCCGAAAUCCAAGAAACGGGGACGUAACCCCAGAGACACUGACGACCCCGUCAAAAAUUUUGAGAGAUGGAAGAAAAAAUACAACAAGAAGAAAGUUAGGGUCAAACAAGAGAAAAGACGGAAUAAGAAACCAGACUGGCAGAUCGAGAGGGAGACGAUCAGCAAACUGGUGAAACAGUACCAGGAGAUCAACCCAAGUGAGGCAGUGAAAUUUUCAGAUUUUCCCUUGUCAAAAAAAACUUUGAAAGGAUUGUGGGAGGCACAGUAUCGUCUGCCCACUGAAAUUCAGAAGCAGACGAUCGGUUUGGCGUUGCAAGGGAAAGAUGUCUUGGGAGCAGCGAAGACAGGAUCUGGCAAAACUCUGGCCUUUCUGAUCCCUGUUUUGGAGUGCUUGUUUCGUCAGCAGUGGACAGCGGAUGAUGGAUUAGGCGCACUGAUCAUUUCACCCACCAGAGAACUGGCUUAUCAAACCUUUGAGGUGCUGCGGAAAGUGGGGAAGAACCACGAGUUUUCAGCUGGGCUAAUCAUAGGCGGAAAGGAUUUGAAAUCCGAGACAGAAAGGAUUCAUCGCACCAACAUUAUCAUUUGCACUCCAGGACGCCUCUUGCAGCACAUGGAUCAAACAAUGUCUUUCCAUGCUUCAAACCUGCAUAUUUUGGUUCUGGAUGAAGCCGAUCGAAUUCUGGACAUGGGGUUUGCAGACACUGUAAAUGCCAUUGUGGAGAACCUCCCCAAGACCCGUCAGACCCUGCUCUUCUCAGCUACGCAGACCAAGUCUGUGAAGGACCUGGCCAGACUUAGUCUCAAAGAUCCCGAGUAUGUCUGGGUGCACGAGAAAGCCAAGUUCAGCACCCCUGCAACGCUGGAGCAGAACUAUGUUGUCUGUGAACUGCACCAGAAAAUCAACAUGCUGUUCUCCUUCAUGAAGAGUCAUCUGAAUAGGAAGGUCAUUGUGUUUUUUUCAAGCUGCAAAGAGGUGCAGUUCUUGUUCCGAGUGUUCUGCCGCCUACGCCCUGGGAUCCCAGUGCUCGCUCUGCAUGGCAAACAGCAGCAGAUGAAGAGGAUGGAGGUUUACAACGACUUCAUCCGCAAGAAGGCAGCCGUGCUGUUUGCUACUGACAUAGCAGCCAGGGGCCUUGAUUUCCCUGUGGUGAACUGGGUACUGCAGUUUGAUUGUCCAGAAGACGCUAAUACCUACAUCCACAGAGUGGGGAGAACAGCCAGGUAUAAAGAAGGUGGUGAAGCACUGUUGGUUCUGUUGCCAUCAGAAGAAAAGGGAAUGUUGCAACAGCUUCAAGAAAGGAAGGUCCCCAUUAACAAAAUCAAGGUCAAUCCGGACAAGUUAACAAAUGUGCAGCAGAAACUGGAGGCUUUCCUAGCACAGGAGCAGGCUCUAAAGGAGCGUGCACAAAGAUGCUUUGUAUCCUACCUGCGAUCUGUCUACCUGAUGAAAAACAAAGAUGUGUUUGAUGUAUUUAAGAUGCAGUUAUCAGAGUAUGCUUGCUCGUUAGGCCUGGCCGUGGCACCAAGAGUUCGCUUCAUUCAGAAAGCAAAGAAGCAGAGGGAGGAGAGUGCGAGAGACAAGACAGACACCACCAGGGAGGCAGCCAGUGGAGAGGAACAGGAGUCCGGCACAGAGGAUGAGCUGGAGAACUUCAAAGCUCGUCUCAGGGGCCAGAAAUCCACUUCAGUGGGGGCAACGUCGCAAGGCCAGGGAGAAACGUCAUGUCUUGCAGGGGACCCAUCCUUUGGAGGAGAGUCGGAGGAGGAGUCUGGUUCUUCAGGGGAGGAGGAAGAUGAGACUGGAGGGGGGACAUCGGGGAUGAAGUUUGUUGAAGAUGAUGAUGAUGAUGAUGAUGACCUGAAAGACCUGGAUUUACUGACUGUGAAGAGAAGGGAUGUUUUUGGUCUUGAUGCCGCUUCUGAAGAGCAGUCAGAUGAAAAACUACCCCAAAAGAAGAAGGUUGAAAAAGACUCCAAGUUCAAAGCAGCCAAGAAAGCCCUGAAGAGGAAUUUUAUAGUGAACACAAAAGUUAAAUUUACUGAGGAUGGAGAGAUGGUUCAGCAGUGGCCUCCUGUACAGAGGUUGGCAGUUAAAGAUGAGGAUGGAGAAGACGCCAAUGCUGGCAUUGAUGUGCAAAAGGCCCGCGAGAGACUGUUUGAGGAGGACAAAUUUGACAAAGAGGAAUACAGGAGAAGAAUCAAAGAAAAGCACAGGGAGAGAAGGCUUAAAGAGAAGGCAGCCAGACGAGAAGCCAGCAAACGGCAGAAAGAGGGUGGAAGUGAUGAAGGUGAGGAGGAGGAGGAGGAGGAAGUGGUGGCCUACCUUGACCAGAGUGAUAAUGAAGGAGAGUUUGACCCCAGCACCCUGCCUGAUCCUGAUAAACACAGGGACUCUAAUCAAGAUGAGGAGACGAGCGCUGAAGAAGAUGUGAUCGCGCCCUCUGAGAAGAGGGUGAGAAAGAGAAGCUACAGCAGUGAGAGCAGCAGCAGCCCUGAUGAGGAGGAGAUGCCUGCAGGGGGAAAGAAGAGGAAGAGUCACGGCGAUGCCAGCCUGCUCAAGCCCCUGGAUACUGGCUUGUCCUUGGCAGAAGACGAAGAGCUUGUGCUACAUUUGCUCGGCAGCAGGAGCUAAUUCUUUUCUCUGGAGGUUGUUUUCUGGGUCAGUUUUUUCUAUUUGGCUAACUAUUUUUAUCAGUAUUGAUUUGGCAAGUGGGACAGAUGAAGUCCUUUCAGACAGACGGUGAGGAGCGUGCAACAUGCAUUCAGAUUGACUUAAAAAAAUACACAAUCCAAAUGAAAUACAGAGAAAUAUAUAAAGAGAAAAAACCAUUUCCUUCCUAUUGUAGGUUCAAAAGUCUGUGAAUGUGUACAUUAUAAGUCUUUGAAUGUCUUUUUACUCAAACACCAGUCUAACAGCAUCACCGGACAGUUAAUCAGUAACCACUCCUUGGUAUUGUGUGUUAACCUGUUAAACAGUUUAAUUAGCAUAUAGUGCUGGCUGGCACCGACAUUCAAGAAAGCAUUGUAUCCCAUUCAAAGUGUAUGCUCCCUGCCAGGAUUUACGUGACUUGAACUGGAAUAUAGGAGAUUAACAUACUGCAUUUAGUUAAUAUGCUAAGCCACCUGCCGCCUUGUACAACUAUCCCCAUUUAUUAUAAUAAUCCAUGUGAAGAAACAUUGCUGACACUGAUUGAUACUUCUUUUGUCAAACAUUAUGGAAACAAAUGUCAUCUUUGCACAAGAUUCUGUGUGUUUUAAUAACAACCUUUAAUGUAGAGUAUAUUAAGCAUUUUGCAAAAGUAUGUUUUAAGUAAUAAAAAAAUAAGUAACUGUA